AUUGUAAGUUGAAGCAAAACAGGGAAUCCGAAUCCAGUUUCACCCUAAUUUUUUUCCUCUUUUGGUGGCAAUGACCUCCUUCUAUUCGACCGCCAAAUCCAGAACGGAAGAAGACCCAUCCGUCAGCGAAGACGACGGUGAGGAUGGCGGCGACACCGCAGUGUGGGGAGCGUUCAGCGAAAGCCUCCGCGAGGUGCAGUCGGUGCUGGACCGUAACCGGUUCCUGAUCAAGCAGGUGAACGAGAACCAACACUCUAGGCUCCGCGACAACAUGCUGAAGAACGUCUCCCUCAUUCAGGAACUCAACGGUAACAUCUCCAAAGUUCUCUCUCUCUAUUCCCAUAUCAACUCCAAUUUCUCCACCGCCUUCCAACAACAUCCCGCCACCGACGCCGCACGUGACAAAUCGUGACGCGUCACGUCACUUCGCUCGCUCUCUCAUUCGUUAGUUUCAGAUUCUAGGGAUGUUCUGUGUUACUUGUAAUCUUUUGUGACAUUGUUUUGAAUCACUGCUCAACUUUCAUACCCUUCACAGUUUAUUUGGAAUUUGGCUUAUCAGUAAACUUGAUAUUCAAUGGGACAAACAAGGAAAAAAGGAAGGCUUUUGAUAUUUGAUCUGUUCA